AUCGGCGCGGCUGCCGAGGAACUUCCAAGGUUGGACACCUCCUACCUCGACCGACGUCAAGCUGUCCCCGCUUCACCACCGUCCACCAUGGCCGACUCGGAGUACACCGACGAUGAGUUUGAGUAUGAGAAUCCGUCGUCGCAAGCAGUGGUCCUAGACGCGCUCCUGACGCCAUUCCGCGCGUUGGUAUCCAGGACUGCAUUGCGCAUCUACCUGAACACCUUGCUAUUGAUCGGCACCACUUUCAUCCUGCUAGGAAUAUCUGGCCUUGCAUAUGGGAUUUUCUACCUGAGGUUCAUUCCGACAGUCGGAGUCGACCGCGAGAUUCAUCUGCAAUUCGGCGAUACCAAUCCCUGGGGAACCGCCUCCUUCGGCUCCGAGUUCGUGCAUUCGCAGCCCUACGAUGUCGCCGUCGCACUCGACCUCCCGCGUACCCCUUCCAACCUUGAUGCGGGCAACUUCAUGAUCGACCUUACACUCUACUCACCCCAAUCCCAAUCCUCUUCCGUGCUUGCUGCUGCGACGAAUACGCCCAAUCCUAUCUCGCAUUCUCGCCGACCGGCCAUUUUGACCUACGCAUCUCCACUCGUCGAUAUUGCACGGAGGUUGGCGCGCCUCCCGCUCUACGUGGUGGGCUGGAGGCGCGAGGCCGAGCGACUGGAGGUCCUGAUGCUGGAAAAAGUCAAGUUUGAUCGUGGGUCGCGGAACCUACCACAGAGCCUGCGGCUCGAGAUUCAGAGCGAGGCGAAGAUGCAGAUAUAUUCUGCCCGAGUCGAGUUUCGAGCCCGAUUCACAGGCCUUCGGUGGUUCAUGUAUCGGUGGAAGAUCACCUCUUUUAUUGUGUUCAGUUCCAUGUUCUGGACCGUCUCUAUGGCAUCUGCGAGCCUGACUUGGUUCGUCGUGAGCUCGAUACUGCAGUCCGGCACAACACCCAAGCAGGAAGUCAAGGAAGAGUCGGGGGUACCACAGGACCAUACUAUCAAGGAAGAGUAUGAAUCAGAAGAAAGCAACUCAUCUAAAACUGACAAGGUUCGGGUAAAGAAAGAAGGAGAGUAUGGUACCUUGCUUCAGAGCUAUCCCGCCGAGGCCAGCGACGCGGGCAUUGGAUCAGGAUUGGAAAGUGCCGAGGCCAUGGGGAUGCAAAGGCGACGGGCUCAUUUGCCCGAAGACGAUCAACUGCACGGAUUUGACCUGCAGAAAGUAGAACUUCAAGGCACGCUAGGUCUUGAUCAGAAGCGCAUCGAUCAUCUCGAGCAAAGGUUAUCGGCUCUUCAAUUAAUUCAAGAAAAGGUUACCAACGACGAUGGCCCGCCGUCAAACAAGUCGUCCCCAUACGUGCACUCUCUCGUACAUUCCCUCCAAGCCGCGGGGCACACGGUCUCGGUUGUUCUCCCCCACCAGCAGCGAUCAUGGAUCGGUAAGGCGCAUAUGGUCGGCGCAUCAGUGAAGCCGACAUACUUCCGCCCGGGUACUCUACAUCAGGAGGAUGGGACCGUUCACCACCUCCCGCGGGGAAGCGAUGGCGAGCAAGACGAUGGCGGUGAUGAAUGGAUCCUUAUUGACUCAACGCCGGCCAGCUGCGUUCAGAUUGGCCUAUACCACUAUUUCCAGGAGCGAGGUCCCAUCGACCUCGUCGUUUCUGGUCCAAACUAUGGCCGUAACACCACCGCACUGUUCGCCAUGUCAAGCGGAACCAUUGGCGCUGCGAUGGAAGGCGCCGUAUGCGGAAAGCACUCGAUCGCCUUGUCCUAUGCUUUCAGCUCCCGUGACCAUGACCCCAUUGUCAUUGCCGAGGCCUCAAAGCACUCUGUCAAGCUGAUUGAAUACCUGUGUGCCAACUGGGGCGACAAUGUCGAUCUUUACAGCGUGAAUGUCCCGCUCGAGCCUGGUGUGAGCCAGAAUAAGGUCCUCUACACAAGCAUGCUGCAGAACAAAUGGUCAUCUGGUAGCUGCUUCGAGGCCAAGGACCCUGAUGCUACCGAAGACCCUGAACUGCAGGAACAGCGUCUGCGCAUUGAGAGCGAAAUGAUGGCUGGAAAGGGAACUGCCCCGACCGAGAAGCAGGACAAUCACGCCCGACUCAAGCACAAGCACUUCAAAUGGGCUCCCAACCUCUCAGACGUGUAUCGCAGUGUUGAAGAAAAUGCUCCUGGAAACGACGGCUGGGCCGUCAAGGAGCAGAUGACCAGUGUCACGCCUCUUCAAGCAUGUUUCAUGCACACUCCCGACAUCUCGGGGGAGAUUAAGCUAUCAGAUAACCAGCCUACUGUGUACACUAUCGUGGAUUGCGAUGAUCCCUACGUCCAAGCCCUCGUCAACCAGGCACUCACUCGCCGACUUGGAAAUACUGCCCGUCGCCAGCAGAUCACCGAUAUAUCCGAGUUGCCCGAUUCGUCUGCGCCGGUAUUCCAGUACCGCGAGUAUGAGCGCCUCGACUUCGAACACAUCAUGUGCCGGCCCUCGACCUCCCUUUCUAACGCCUACAUUAUUCGAAAAGCCUUGAUCCGCAAGCAUUACCUGUCGAACACCGUGGCCAACUGGAUCUCCAAAAACCCGGACAGUAUCCUGCGGCACCAUUUCAAGCCUGCCUUCGACUUCGAACUCGAUUACGCAGAAUUCCUCGACGAAGCGCUUCUUGAGGCGUAUGAGCUGCGCGAAAGCAUGGCGAAGAAUGAGGAACGUCCCGCAUCCGAAAAGGAAUGGUGGAUUCUCAAGCCCGGCAUGAGUGAUCGCGGACAAGGAAUCAGGCUCUUCAACAGCGAAGACCAAUUGCGUGAGAUCUUCGAGGAGUGGGAAGAAGACUCCGACAACGAGGAGAGCGGAUCCGAGACAAAUGAAACACCAGAGAAGGUAACUGAAGCGCAUGACGCUGGCAUUGUCACUUCCCAACUGCGCCAUUUCAUGGCCCAGCCUUACAUCGACCCUCCCCUUCUUCUCCCCUCAUCCUCCAACCGCAAGUUCCAUAUCCGGACCUAUGUUCUCGCCACAGGCUCUCUCCAGGUCUACGUCUUCAAGGAGAUGCUCGCUCUCUUCGCCGCCAAGUCCUAUUGCCCGCCUUGCGAGGAAGAUGACGAAAUCAAGGAUCUCGCCCGUCAUCUGACCAACACCUGUUUCCAAGAAGGCGGCAGCUCGAACGAGGGAAGUGUGCGUCGCUUCUGGGAUCUCGACCACCAUGUCCCUGGUCUUUCGAAUGACUGGAAAGAGAAGAUCUUCGAGCAGAUAUGUGGUGUGACGGGUGAGAUCUUUGAAGCGGCGGCGCGAGGCAUGAUGGUGCAUUUCCAGACGCUGCCAAAUGCCUUUGAGCUGUUUGGUGUUGAUUUUCUGGUCGAUUCCUCUGGGGACGUCUGGCUGCUGGAGCUGAAUGCGUACCCAGACUUUGCGCAGACCGGCGAGGAUCUGAAGGAGGUAGUUGUGGGAAGAUUGUUUGAGGAGAUGAUUGACGUUGCCGUGAAGCCGUUCUUCGGUCUUGGUUCUAAGGAAGCAAAAAGUGACCUGAAGCUGGUGAGGGAUUUGGACCUUGGAAGACGGAAUUGA